UAACAUACAUUACGAUUGCAACAUUAUUUGAGUUUAGAAGUGAUUUGUGAUCCGAAGGCAGCGUUGGAGAAGUAUCCAUCAGAAAUGGCAUCAUUCGACUCGUUUGAAGAUCAAUCACAUCAAUCACCGACAAGAGGAGCCUUUGAUGAUGACAGUGGCUACAUGGACAUGGGCAUGGGUUAUGAGUCCCAACAACAUUAUGAUUAUGAUGACCAACAACCUCAACUCAAUGUGGAUCAAAAUAACAACAACAAUAAUGUCGACGACGAGGACAACAAUAACAAUUUCACCGACAACCCACAUUCUCCUUCUGUUUAUGGCUUUGGUGUUUCCACCCCUAAUCCUGACUUUGUUUCCCCUUUUGAACCUGCUCCCAUUGAUGACUCAACCUUCACCUCUGAUGGCCCCCUCCUCCCUGACCCAUCUCAUAUGCAAGAGGAAGGUCAUGCUAGACGCGAAUGGCGACGUCAAAAUGCCAUUCAUCUUGAGGAAAAAGAGAAAAAAGAAAAGGAGAUGCGAAAUCAAAUUAUAAAGGAAGCUGAAGAGUUUAAGGAAGCCUUUUAUGAGAAAAGAAGACUCAAUUGUGAGUCAAACAAAAAGAACAACAGGGAAAGAGAAAAGAUAUACUUGGCCAACCAAGAGAAAUUUCACAAAGAAGCUCAUAAACAUUAUUGGAAAGCAAUAGCUGAGAUUAUUCCUCGUGAGGUUCCAAAUAUCGAGAAAAGGAGGGGGAAGAAAGAAGCUGAGAAUAAGCCUUCUGUUCAUAUUAUUCAAGGUCCAAAGCCUGGGAAGCCUACUGAUCUUGCAAGAAUGCGCCAAAUGAUUUUAAAGCUUAAACAAAAGCCUCCUUCUCAUAUGAUGCCUCCUCCACCCAAAGAAGAGAAAGAAGGUAAAGAUAACAAAAACACAAAGGAGGGAAAUGAUGACAAGGGUGGGAAAAACACAAAACCAACUGAAACUACAAAUGCUGCAGAAAAUAAACCUGCUUCCCCUGCAAAACAUGCUACUGGUAAUGGUGAACCACAAGAUCCUACUAAAGUAGAGGGUGAGCAAGUGGCUAGUUCUGAACCAGGAACUGUUGAGUGAUGAAAAAAAUACUUUUAUAGCAAUUUUAUUUUAAUAUAUUUUGUAUUCUUUUUUAUCAUGCUAAAUUUUGUUGCUAUAUUGAUGCAAAAUAAGUGGUGGCCACAUGAAGAGACUUUAGACUUUGCACAAUGACCAAUGGAGAGCAUCAAUCCAAAUUAUCAUCCUAGAUUUGUAGGUUUUAGACACAAAUAUUUUGGUAUCAUCUUACAUUGAAAUGUUUUAUUAAAGUAAUUUUUAGAACU